AAGUGACAGCUUUUACUCCUUCCAUGAAGGGAAAACCGGCUGUCCCCUGACUCAAAUUUACUAAUGAAUCUGAUUUACAGCAUGCACUGGGUACAGACUUUUUGUUCUGAAUUUCAGGAGGGGUGGGGCACAGCGUGUUAAAGUAUAUCUUUAUUUUUGGAAUUAAUUUUUCAAAGUUUCUUAGCUCCUUUACCAGGUGUUUGAUAAGUGAAGGUUAUCUUUUAGAAUCUUAAAUUAUUGCCUGACCAAGCCCUUGUCUUUAUCAACUAAAGUACAGCAAUGCUAUCUCGAACAUGUUGGGGGUUGGCAAAAUGUUUUUGACAUCUGUAAUUCGAGUAAACCAUGAUAAAGAAUAAUAUGAGAGAUAUAUUGAAGAAAAUCAAGGAAAGCUACUGAGACGGUUAUAAUGGUUGGAAAAAUAAAUCACUUCCAUCUUGAAAAGUACCCUGUAUCCGCGUUACAGAUAAAAUGAUAGAGUGAUGGACAGCGAUUUGAAAUCAAGACUACUGCAAGGAAAAAUUUGAUGAGGCUUUUUGAGAUAAGCUGCAGGAUGAUAGAUUCAUGCAGGUGUUUGAGAAAACAGUGCUGCCUAUGGGAAAAAAAUAUAACGGUUAUUUUGGGGAAUGGCAUAGGGCCUAUAUUCUUUCAGCUGUUUGUGAUUUUGAGUUAUCUGGGUCUUAGUGUACCAAGGGAUAUGUUGCCUAAAUCUUCACUAGUAACUCUCAAGUGAUACAAAUCAUCAUGCUGUUCAUCCUUCAAGAUACCGAAACAAAAGGAAAAAAAUACGAGAAUAUACUUGUGUCGUCUGCGGGCCAGAUAGAGGCAUCGCCAGUGUGCUGUUUUUCUAUUUUUAUGACACACCAUCUGUUCUGUGUGACUGUUCGGUAGAUUAAGCAAGAUGACAAUGUUGAAGAGAAAUCAAAUAACAUGCAUAUAGACUAAAAUAUUAAUCAAACUAGAUCGUGAAACAAAGUGAAAUGAAACUAACAUAAAGUUUGUGAUAUGAUAUUGUAAAAUGCAAGCUCAAAAUCAGUUUCUCCUGGUAUCUUCAUAUCGACAAACUGAAAGUUUUCACUUUUUCACCUCAACAAUAAAUCUAGCUAUCAUACAUUAAAUAACAGCAAACAGCAAAUAAAUGUUGCAGCUUUUACUCUUCAAAGUUCUUAUACACAGUUUUGUUUCUGAGCAAUACCAUGUAAUAAUACAACUGUCACUGGCUGGGAAAUUGUUUGCCUACUUUCAGUUUCAGUUUCAGUUUAUGAAUGCAGUCAGCAAUGUUUAAAGAAACCAUGUACUGCUUUUAAAGCUGUGUUGCAAGCAGUUAUCAAGACAACUUGUUACCUGCCUUGAACUAUGAGUGACAGUGAUUCAGUACGGUCUUCUCAUUCAAAUUCGAAGGGGAAAGAAAAACAAAGAGCAAAUAAUAAGAGUGAUAGUCAAGUGUUAAAUGGCUUGAGUUUCGGAAAACAAGAAACUCCGAGAAGGAAGACAAAAUAAGCAAUGCAGCCUCAAUCAGCGUCAGAGAAAUAUGCCGCAUCUGGGGCAAGGCCCAAACUCUACCAAAAUGCGACUCAAAACAAAUUUCAAAGCACUUCCUCAGACAAAAUGAGUCAAAAUUCCGCGAGGCCAUUUCCAAGAAAGGAUGGUUCAAAUUUUGGUUUUGACAGUCGUCCACCUGUUACAGAUGAGAAGAAAUACGAUGGCUCACGGGGUCGCCAAAGAGGUCCUUCUACUCCUUGCUUUGUUGGUUACAAAAAAUUACAACAAUGGGCUGACUGUGACAACAGUUCUAUUUUGGUGCUUGACAUCUCAAACAAUCUUGGAGGUUUGUGCACUCUUCUUCAAAAAACAGAAAUAAGGCAUGAUUGGAUGGCGUUUCUUAUUGCUAUCUUAAAGAAUAUUUUAUAUUCGCCAUCUCAGUCAAGCUCAAAGUACUAUAUUUUGAAAAGUGUGUGUGAGUCUCGCUUUUUUGAUGUGCACCUGAAAAAAUUUGUCAAUAGCAUUGGCGAAAGAGUCACCAGUGGUCAUGCAUAUGGAUAUUUCAGCAAACUUUUGGACAUUAUUGACUUCGUCUUACAAUUCCUACCAGAAUACAAAACCAAAUGCAACAGACUUCUGCAACUAAUGUUGGAUGCUGGGAAGCAAUUGAAUGUAUUGCGUGAAAGGGAGACAUUGACUUUGAGAGCUGAGAAAUUCUUUCAGCUGUCAGCAAUAGCUGUUGAACCACAGUAUCUGGUUCCUCAAUCCAAACUUUCAAAAUUAUUGCCCUACCCUGAUGAAGCUCAACCACCUGAUGACUACAGAGAGCUUAGAUUGUUUCCAGACACAGAUGAAUUGGAGUGUACAGCUGAACCCUUUCUGAGGGCAAACAAGACCUCAGGACCAUACCGUGACUUAAGGCACUAUUUAGAUGUUCAUGCUAGACUUUUGAAAGAGGAUUACUUGGAACCUGUAAGACUAGGUUUGCAAGAAUACAAGUCCAAUCAUGCACUGGGCAAGGUGAAAGAAAAUGAUCUUCGUUUUUACUACGAUGUUCAGCUCGUGGAUAUGGGCUAUAAUUCAAAUGAAGGUAUAACUCAUUAUGUCUCUUUCAGACGCUUUGAAGGCAAGGAUGAGGAUUUUAAUUGGGAACAGUCCAAAAGGCUACUGUUCGGAUCUCUUUUGUGCUUUUCCAAGGACGAUUUUCAAACAACAAUCUUUGCAACUGUUGCUGGGAGAGACAGAGUGGCGCAAGGUAUCUUGGAGGUUAUCUUCCAAAAUAACUUGGAAGAGGUGUUUACUUCAUCUGAGCAAGAUGCGUAUGUCAUAGGCGAAACAACUGCCUACUUCAUGUCAUAUAGGCAUGUCCUUGAGGGUCUUCAGGAAAUGAAUCAGCUCCCAUUGGAGAGGUAUAUCCUGUUUUGCUCUCAAGAUGUUGACCCUCCAGAGUACUUUCUACCAGACCAACAGUAUGACCUAGGUUGCUUAUUUCCUGCACCACAUCGAGAAUUUCUUGUUUCACCUUUACAGAUUAGGAGACUCUUGACUUUUGCUGAUGACUCAGAGCUAAAUGAAUCUCAAUUGGAGGCAUUAGAAAUAGCCUUGACCAGAGAAAUGGCUGUCAUUCAGGGUCCUCCUGGAACAGGAAAGACUUUUGUUGGUUUGAAAAUCAUGAAUGUACUCUUGGCCAGUCAAAAGUUGAGUGAGUCCUUGGAGAGCAAAGGGCCAAUUCUUGUUGUUUGCUAUACAAAUCAUGCUCUAGAUCAGUUUUUAGAGGGUGUCCUUGAUUUCUGUCCAAGUGGAAUUGUGAGAAUUGGUGGCAGGAGUCACAGUGAAACGUUGGCAGAAUUUAACCUGAAAGAACUUAGAGGAAAAACUGAGAUCAACAAAAGCACUAAAGGUCAUGUAGGAAGACUAUUGAGGUCCUGUUCUGAAAAGUUAAAAAAGAUCAGUCGUCUGCUGAAACGAUCCUGGCAAGAGUUGCUACGCACUGAAACGACCAUUCUUACUGGUACAGACCUGCAGGAAGAAAUGAGUUCCGUCCAUUUCGAGUCUCUGAAUAACCCUCAGAGGCUUACGGAGAGUAACACUCAUGCGUUAAGUCAGUGGCUCAAGGCAGCAAGCGCAAAUAUGGAGAAUCAUUUGAGGAAAGUAGCUAAACGCCACCUUGCCAAGGCAAUUGCCAGCCAGAAAUGUCCUGUACCAGCAGACGAUUCCAAGCUUAUCAGUAAGAAAAUUGCUUUGAAAACAGGAGUUUUGGAUCGGUUCAAAAUAUAUCAUGGCUGGCUGGCCAAAUACAAACAAGCCUUGGAGGCUGAAAAUAUGGAGCAUGAGGAAAAUUCUGAUCAAUUUUACAGUCUUCUAGACAAUUUUGGUGAGGCCAGCAGUGGUAUACUCCCAGAUAACGUACUAAUAAAGUAUAUGUCCAAUGAAGGUGUCCUUGAAUCCAUAAAGGCUUGCGUGAAAGCAGAAAAUAAUGUAAUUGAGGAUGAUGAAAGGAUUGUACAACAGUGGAUGCUUGGUGUUUUGAAGAGGACUGAUCAACUUUUAGAUGCCAUAGAAAGUCUCAACCCUGUCAAGACCAGUGAUACCAACAAAAUUUCUGAGGAUGAAGAGUCACAUGCACAAUCACGGUGGACAAUUGGGGAUAGUGAUGACAGUGAUGAUGAUGAUGAUGAUGCUGAUGAGAUCAACUUAUACACAACAGGUCUUGAAGACAUUGAUGAGGGUGGGAAUUUGGAAAGGUUGAAAUUUAAAGAACUUGAACAAUUGUUUAAGGAGUCAGAAAGUAGAGACAUAUUAUUGUUGCAGAGAGCAAAAAUGCUAGGAAUGGACGUAACAGAACAUCCAGAUGAAGAAGAAAAUGAGUGGAAAAUGACAAAUACCAUGUCAUACAGCAAAGUCUUUCAGCUUUACCAAGGUGCCACAGAUAUUUCAGAGGUAGAGGUCUCACAGAUCACUGAUGUCUGGAACAUGCCCCUCCCCGAUCGAUAUAGUUUGUAUAAAUAUUGGGUCAACUUUAAGAGACAAAAGCUUCUAGGGAGUAUAUUGGCAAUGACUAAGGAGUACAACAUGUUAUUGCAGCGGAAAAGGGAAGCCAAAAUUCUCAAAGAUGUGGAGAUUUUGAGAAAAGCUCGAGUUAUAGGCAUGACAACUACUGGGGCAGCUAAGAAUCGGAAGGUCCUGCAAGAGGUUGGGUGUCCUAUCAUUGUGAUUGAGGAAGCUGCAGAAGUGCUCGAGGCGCACGUUGUCACAACUCUCAAUGAGAAGUGUGAGCAUUUGAUUUUGAUUGGAGAUCACCAACAGUUACGUCCGAAUCCAACUGUUCAUCGCCUUGCUGUUCGUUUCAACCUGGAAGUCUCUCUUUUUGAACGGAUGGUUAAAAAUGAAGUGCCCCAUGUGUUAUUAGAUGAGCAACACAGAAUGCGCCCUGAAAUUUCAUCCUUCAUGCGCUAUAUAUAUCCAGGGCUAAGCGAUCAUGAAUCUGUACUUUGCUAUGAUUCUAUUGAGGGAAUCAAAUCUAAUAUUUUCUUCAUUCACCAUGCUGAUGAAGAAAGAGAAGUUGAAGAUACGCACAGCAAAGCCAAUCAGCAUGAAGCAGAAUUCCUGACUGCGCUUUGUGACUACAUUCUCAAACAUGGCUACCUUGCGAGCCAGAUCACAAUUUUAGCUGCAUAUGGUGGACAAGUUCAGCUUAUAAGGGAUACCAUGGAACUUACUUUAGGGAUUUCUUCAGAUGUGUAUGUAACGUCAAUUGACAACUACCAAGGAGAGGAAAAUGAUAUUAUACUUCUUUCUCUUGUGAGAAGUAACAGAGAAAGCAAGGUGGGUUUCCUGAAAAUCAGCAACAGAGUGUGCGUGGCUCUGUCAAGAGCGAAGAAAGGUCUCUAUGCUAUUGGCAAUUUUGCAUCGCUUAAAUCAAGCAGUGACCUUUGGAGGAACAUCAUGUCUGAAGCUGAACUUAAAGGGAUGACAGGCCCUUUUUUGCCACUGUACUGUGUGAAUCACAAGCAACAUAUAACAUAUGUAACAACUGCUGGGGAUUUUGAGAAGGAUGUACCAGAAGGCGGCUGCAACAGGAAAUGUGAAUUUGAGUUACCUUGUGGUCACGUGUGUGAUCGAAUGUGUCAUGCCAGUGAUAGAUACCAUUCUGGUACACUGUGCUUCCAACCUUGUCGGAGGACUUGCCCUCAAGGCCAUCUGUGUGAGAAGAACUGCAAUGAGGACUGUGGAAACUGUGAGUUCCGAGUUCUAAAGACAAUACCGCUUUGUGGGCAUGAUGACUAUGUACCUUGCCACAUGGAUGUUGAAACAGCUGUUUGCUCCCGGAGUUGUGACAUUCAGCUUGAAUGUGGGCACCCUUGUCGAGGAAGCUGUGGACAGUGUUUUAUAGAUGGACACCUCCCUUGUAAUGAAAAGGUUGAAAAAGAGUGGCCAUGUAAACACAAGAGCAUAGCAGAAUGUCACAUAGAUGUACUGGAGGAUCCGUGUCCCGCAAAGUGUGGCGAGAAGCUGAUUUGUGGACACAGAUGCAAAGGUACUUGUGGUGGGUGCUUGGGAGGACGUGUUCACAGAGCUUGCGACAGUGAAUGCAAGAAACUUCUUCUUUGUGGACAUCCGUGCAAAGGAAAAUGUGGAAUGAAAUGUCCUCCAUGUUCAUCACGCUGCCUGAACUCAUGCCGGCAUGGGGGGUGUAGCAAAGUUACCUGUGGAGAACUGUGUGAUCCAUGCAUGGAGAAUUGUUUCUUGUCUUGUAAACAUGAACCCUGUGAUAAGCAUUGCCAUGAGGAGUGCAAAAAGAAGACUCCUUGCAACAAACUGUGCAAAAAGCUAGUUCCUAAUUGUCAGCACAGGUGUGCGUCAUGGUGUGGAGAAGAAUGUGUUUGUCGUUUGUGUGAAAAGGACAUGUUCUAUCUUCUUGACACUUCAAGCAGGAGAAAACCAAAGUAUGAAGUAGCUCAUCACAGAAAAGAAAUGGCUGCUAAGAUAAUACAGGAGGAUGGUGUUGUCCUUAUGAAAGUUCCCAGGUGUAACCAUGUCUUUACAAGCCGACAGCUAGACCACCAUGUUGAAAACUUUGAUCCAACUGGCACUAGUUUCAUUCGAUGUCCUGUGUGUCGAACCACCCUCCAUGGCAUUUGGCGCUAUGAUGCUCGAAACAAAGCUAGAACAGAAAGACGAGAGAACCUCAAAAAGGCACUGAUUGACUCUAUGAAAAUUUCAAAUGACAAAAUAAGGAAAAUGUGGCAGUCAAAAGCACUUGUUGAGGACUUUUGUAAGGUGGAUGAGGGAGAGUUUUUAUCUUCGAAACCGGAGCAAAUUGAUGUCAAUCAUGCUCACACCUUGACUUUACAAAUUCGGGCCGCAUACGUGUUGCAGAGGAUCAUAAAGUUCCAUGAAAGUUUCAAUUCUUCCAAGGUGGUACAUUUUGGAAAAUGGAAAACUGCCAUUCGAGCAAUAAGUAACAUGACAGGCCAAUUGAAGAGUGAACUGGAGCUUGAGUUGUGGCGACUUCUUUUUAUUGAACAGUUGUUGGCCUUGAAAAUGUUUGUACAGGAAAUGGAAGUCUCUGUUCCUGAUGACCUGAAAUCUCAAAAUAAGAAUUUGAUAAUUAGCUUUGGUAAAACCAAAUUGAACAGAGAAGGAAAAAUAAAAUUUCAAGCAACAGUUAAGGAAAUGUUCAGUCUCUUAGAGAAAGCUCCAGCAUACAAAGGCUACAGGCAGUACAUUGAACAAGCCAAGGAUGAAGUCUGCAUCGUGGAAAAAGUCCUUAACAGUCCUGACUUGGAAGACUUAAGCACAAUUGUUGCAAGGAAAGACAGCAGCUGAACUGGUGUCUCAUGGCUUUUCUCACCUCCAACUUCGAGUUGUGGCCCUGAGAGUACAUACUUUACUUACUUUCUUCUUCUGCUUGUAAUGGUGGGUGACACGGGGAGAUACAGACGUCUGUCUGCAGCAAGGCGAGUGGCCUGUUGGAGGGACUUCCAGUGAGCUCUGAGGGUGUCUGCCCAAAGAGUAACGCGUGAAAAAAUUACUUGCGCUCAAGUCGAGCUGGUUGUGCUGUGAUCACAAGUACACUGAGAAUGUUUUAGCCCUAUGGUCAGAGUGUGAGUUUUUGUUUUUAUGCUCUUUUUUAAGUGUAUUGAAAUCUGGUGGCUUUUGUUUUUAUUUUUUUAUCCAUGUCUUUUAAAGUGAUUCAUGUCUUUUUGCUCUUUAAAAAAAAUUCAUGUUUGAAAUCUGGUGUUUUUGUUGGUUUUUAAAAAAAAUCCAUGUCUUAUAGUGUGAGUUCAUGUCUUUAUAUGCUCUUUUUUUAAUGCAUAUAUAUAAACUGAAAUUUGGUGUUAUUUAUUUUUUUUAAACAUCGAUGUCAUAUAGUGUGAGUUCACGUCUUGCUCUUUUCAUGAUGAAAUCAGGUGUAUUUUUUAAAACAUCCAUGUAUUAUAGUCAAUUUUGUCUCUCUAUAUAUGCUUGUAUUAAUGUUAAAAUAUGGUGUUUUUCUUUGAGUACAUUUAUGUAUUGCAGUGUGAGUCCAUGUCUUUCUGCAAUUUUUUCAAAUAUUGAAAUGUCAUAUUUUUCUUUGACAACAUAUUAAUAGUUGGUAUACCAUUUGCUGUUGAUAAAUGUUAGAGCCAUUAUAGUCAAUACCCUCAUUCAUCAUGAAAACAAAGACCAGCUGUUACCUAACUCGUAUACUACUAUUAACCCUUAUUCCAGAGGGAAAGAGAUGGAAUUCAGACAAGAAUUGUGGUGACUUUGGCAUCAAACUUUUAGCUGUAUCAUGUAGACCUAUUUGUUAAAAAAAGAGAAAA